GAUGUAUACCAGACAUUCUGAAUUAAAUUAGCAACACGUAAUUUAAUUAGGUAGAUACAUAAUUAUCACAAUAUAGAUACCCUAUGUGGACGUUUUAUCACCGUCUAUAGGUACAAUUAUCGCCAACAUACGAGUGUAGCUAUAAUACUUGAAUUUUGAUAGUCUGUAACAAUGUGUGGGCUAAUAUGUUUCAUCGGUUUCAUUUUCCUUAUAUUAGUAUACAAUUAUAAAUUCAAAGAUCCGAAACCAAUAUUUGGUGUGUACGCGGUGCCCGGGAAGUGGUAUUAUGUGAAAUAUGUUGUUUUCGCGUUCAUUUACUAUUAUAGAAAGUAUUCAAAAAGAAACUCAGCAGCAGGGUCUAGUGGACGCGCUGGGCAGGGUGUCAAAGCUAUAGCCGACCCGGCGUCCAUGGACCGCGCCCAUCCCUUCAGCGACCACGCUAAGGCUUUCGACGCAGUAUUUUUUAUAUCAGCAUCCAGAAAUGAGGACGACAAAGGUAUCUACGUCAUAUCCGGCUGCGAGCGACGCCCCAUGGGCAUGUGCAACGGAUUGUUCUACAUAGGGUUACCCGGUAAAGGACUAUUAUGCAGUAAAAAGAUACCUGAUACAGUUCUCUUUGGUGCCCAAAUAAGUGAGUUCGGAGCAGAGGGCAUUAAGAUGACGCCUGUAGAGCCGAUGAACAAGUGGACUGUGUCAUACAAGGGACAGAUGUGGCUACAGAAUGAUCCUGAGAAGUUAGUUAAUGUGGAAUUCCAAGGCGAGUGGCUGGCGACCAGCAAACAUUUUGAUUACGACUGCGACUUACAUCCGCCAGCCGUCAUCAGGUCCAUCGCCAGGGAGAAGUGGUCCAGGGCUUACUUCGAAAACUUGAAAACAGCGCACCAGUCCCACUACGAACAAUUCGGUGUACUUAAAUGCAAAUUUAAGAUCGACGAUGAAUCGUACGAAUACACGCUACCAUCGUUCAGGGACCACAGUUUUGGUGUUAAACGGGAUUGGAGUCUGAUGCACAGAUACGCUUUUCAUCAUAUCUUUCUACAAAAUGGCAUCAACAUAAGUGUCGGUGUAAUAUGUCAGCCGUCCACCGCUUCAGUGUGAGUACCUAAUCAUUCAUUUUUAUUAGGUUAAUUUACUAUUGUAGGAAAAAUAUUUUUAAUGUU